AUGGAGGCUCAGGCUGCCCUUGGAAUGGUUUUACUGUUUCACCCGGAGAGAUGCCUGAAAAAACCGGGCGAGAAGGUCAGGAAAAGCAAGUUCCAGAAGGAGGUCCUCAAGAAGAUAUACCAAAUUACUCCAUAUCCAACAUGGGAAAACAAGAUUGAUAUUGGAAUUUUGAUUUCCUUAUCUCCGAGAGCUGUAGAUAUAUGGUUUCAGAACAAAAGACACAUCAGCAAAGGGAAGAACCAGAGUGCUGAGGAUGCCGUCGAUUCAAGAACCAUCGAUUUGAGGGAAAUUAUGUCUAUUGUUGAAAACACUUCGAGAUAUUAA